CAAGCAGCUGAAGUUUCUCAGUUGAGAGGAGCGCGAGUCAUCUCUGCUGAAGAUCUCCUGUUCUUAAUGCGCAAAGAUAAGAAGAAGCUUAGAAGGCUACUUAAAUACAUGUUUUUUCGAGACUAUAAAUCUAAAAUUGUCAAAGGAAUAGAAGAAGAUGACCUCCUUGAAGACAAAUUCAACAGCAGUAACACCAACAAACGGCAGAAGCUUGCUCAAGACUUUCUCAACUCCAUUGACCAGACUGGAGAGCUCUUAGCCAUGUUUGAGGAUGAUGAGAUUGAUGAUGUCAAGCAAGAGCGGAUGGAGAGAGCAGAAAGACAAACACGAAUGAUGGACUCGGUCCAGUAUGCAGAAUUCUGUGAGAGUCGGCAAUUGAGUUUUUCAAAGAAAGCAUCCAAGUUUCGUGACUGGUUGGACUGUAGCAGUAUGGAAAUAAAGCCAAAUGCAGUUGCAAUGGAGAUUUUGGCAUAUUUAGCAUAUGAGACUGUGGCACAGUUGGUGGACUUGGCCCUUCUGGUUAAGCAGGACAUGGCUCCCAAAGCAGGUGACCCAUUCAGUCAUGCCAUAUCCGCCACCUUCAUACAGUAUCACAAUUCUACUGAGCCACAUCUCUUAGGGCAAUCUACAAGUGUGAAGACCAGUCUUGACUCUCCUGAAAACACACCACCUCCUACACCCACACCCCCAGCAUCAGCAGGACAGCAACACCUGGGAAAAGCCCUAUCAGGAGCCCUGGGGAAUGGUGGAAUUGGACAGGACUCUACCAAAUCCAAACAAAGGAAAAGAAAAAAGAGCACUGCAGCCUGUGGUAUAGAGGCUCAAAGCGAUGCCAUCCAGCCGAGCCACAUCAGAGAGGCCAUUCGACGCUAUGGCCACAAGAUUGGCCCCCUUUCCCCAUUCACAAGUGCCUACCGCAGAAAUGGGAUGACUUUUCUCGCCUGCUAAUAUGGAUGUGGCUGCAGCAGCAGGAAAGACAGUGUUAUAUGAAGGUGAUUUUCUUUUCCUUCAUGGAAGGAAAAAAAAUACAAGCUCCAAUGUCUCCGUGUACCAGUGAGUGGGCUGGUUUGUUGUGACUAUCUGCUGGCUGACUCUGUCUCUUUUUCCAGCCCCCUCAAUCGUUAUUCUUGUUUACUAGCUGGAACAUUUAGCUAAUUAAUGGCAGGAUGUUUGGGAUAGGGUGUAGGUGGACAAGAAUGCAGAUCAGACAAUGCUGAAGUUUGCAGGGGCCUUGCUGCUGUCAGCGUCUUUCUGAAAUGCAAUGUCAUUUUUAUUUAAGUCUUUGAAAGUCUGUAUGUUCUACAGACUUUUUUUCUUGUAAAGCAGGAUGGGGCAGAAAGAGGCCA